CUCGCUGGCUCUGUUGAUAGGCUCUUUCCCUGACAACCAACCCCCAAACACAGUUCCUGCUUCCUCCAGCUGACGGUCCUCCGCUUCUGACAGUCAAAACCCAAUGAUUGUGCGCCAGGUCACCUGCAGAGGCGUAACCAACUCUCACCUGUAUGCCCUCCUGAGAAGACCUCGGGUUAGCCAAGACAUGGCCAGACCCAGUUCAGACCUGGCUGCAUUCAGGGAGUUUUUCUCCAAAGCAAACAACAUAGCCAUCAUCACCGGAGCAGGAGUGAGCGCCGAGAGCGGAGUCCCCACCUUCAGAGGAGCAGGAGGCUACUGGAGGAAAUGGGAAGCGCAGAAACUCGCCACUCCGGAGGCCUUCUCCAGGAAUCCCUCCCGUGUUUGGGAGUUUUACCACUACCGCCGUGAGGUCAUGCUUACAAAAAACCCCAACCCCGCCCACCUGGCCAUUGCAGAGUGUGAGGAGCGCCUGAGCAAACAGGGACGCAUGGUUACGGUCGUCACUCAGAAUAUUGACGAGCUCCAUCGACGCGCCGGAUCCAAAAACAUCCUGGAAAUUCACGGAAGUCUGUUUAAAACACGCUGUAUGAGCUGCGGCCAUGAAGCAGCCAAUUACAAGAGCCCCAUCUGUGCCGCUCUGGAGGGAAAAGGAGCUCCAGACCCAGACACAGAUGACGCAGAGAUCCCUGUUGGACAGCUGCCCAGGUGCGAGCAGACAGGCUGUCACGGUCUCCUGAGACCAGCUGUGGUUUGGUUUGGAGAGACUCUGGACUCAGACAUCCUCACCCGUGCAGAGAAAGUGUUGGACAGCUGUGACCUCUGCCUUGUGGUUGGCACUUCGUCUGUUGUGUAUCCAGCAGCCAUGUUUGCCCCUCAGGUGGCAGCCAGAGGAGUCCCUGUGGCCGAAUUCAACAUGGAAAACACACCGGCCACCAUGCGCUUCAAGUUCCACUUCCAGGGCCCCUGUGGGACCAUGUUGCCCCCCGCGCUGGCACGCCACGAGACUGAGCAAAGUUAAAAAAAGAGACCUGAACAUCAGCUGCACACAGACCAGACUGUCUAACACUGGAGGACUUUAUUGGUACAAAUACCAUAAAUAAUAGGUUGAAUGCCCAAAAUGAAUGGGCUUCAUGGGGGAAAAAGGCCAACAAAUUGAAAAAGAAAAGGAGUUUACUGUUUGUUCACACACAUAAAUUAUUAUUAUUAAAUUAUAAAUAGUUAGAACUUUGGGCAUUUAAGUUCUAGUUGAUGCAUUUUUAAUUGUUUAUUUUAAAUUUAUUAAUAUUGAACAUUGUAGCAAAUGUUAUGAUGCCAAAUUACACCAGUGCUCUGUGUUGACUGCCAACAUUUAUAACAACAUAUUAUAACUCCUUGCAAAAUAAUUAACCUUGCUGUUUAUAGAUAUAUAAAUACAUGCAGGCCAACUUCAUCACUCCCUUUUCGUUAAAUGCAUGGCGACUGUCUGACUGUAGGGGGCAGUGUUUAGCUGCUGUUGUGUACCACUGCACCUCCAAAACUGACUCCUUCCAGAGGAUCUGUAGGCUCUGCCUGGGAUAUGUGGUGUGUGUGUGUGUGUGAAUUCAGUGUCUGAAUUUAUGGAUUGUGAUGAAUACUGUGUAUGAUGCCUUCCAGUUGCCAUGAGUAAGCUCCAGUUAAACCAGGGAAACCAGUGACUGUGCAUUCCCACAGCCAGCCAUGAGAUGAAGAAUUUGUGACGUGUAUGUUGAGGUUUGGAUUGAAAGAGCAUAUUCAUAUGAAAUAUAUGUAUAAAGAGUGUCUCUGCAGAGUGUCCUCGCUGUGUUUCUAAAAUACUGCAUGAGUUGCAAAUGAUGCAAUCAGAAAGAGUUUAUUACCGCAGUGUGUGGUAGCAGAGUGUGCAUUAACUGUACAGUCCUCUAUAUGUUCUAGGCGGCGUUCUGCUUCAGCUGAAGAUGGGAUUGUGUCUGACACUUCUGUGCUUAGCCACAACCAACCCCCCACUCCUAUUGUCUCAGUAUAAACACACACUACACAGGCCGUGUCCAGUCCUGUGUUCAUGUGCAUUAUGCUGCUGUCGUUUAUAGCAGUGACUCCCAACCGGGGGCUAUGUGGACAGAUUGUGGAGUGGCUCACCCAAUUUGUAAAAAUAGACCAUGGUGAUUAUGUAAUAUAAAAUAUGCACAAAUAUGUGUUGGAGGAUAAAAAUAAACACACAAAUAGGAUUACAAA